AUGUUUGAGAUGGGACAACUGUGGCGAAUUUUGGAUUUGUUUUUAAUUUUGACCGUAAAUUGCCAGCCAUCUGUCAAUUUGAGAGAGAAUCCUAAUGCUCCGUCAGCAGUUGGCGGGCAGUUUAUGCACCAAGAGGCUAAUGCAAAUACACCCAUUGAAAAUCUUGAUAUUCAUUCUACUUACUCGUCCUCAAUAGUUUCAGAUGGCAAUCAUAUAAGUAAUCCAACGGAGGAAAAGCCUAGUCAUCUUGAUUUAACACGUUCUCAUGAAGCAUCGUUACAUGGUCAAGAUCCGUCGUCAUUUGAUCACAGUUCGAAUGUUUAUAUUGAUGAAACACGUGGUUCUAAUCGCGACUCUUCCAUUGCCAAUCAAAAACAUGACCAGUCAGGUUCUAGUCAUGGUGUGUAUACAAGUAUGCAUAAGAAAACAACUCAAAAUGCUCAGCAGAUACCAUCAGUGUCUAAUAUUCCACUCCCAGACAUGGCCCAUGGACAACAACCGAGUCCAGGUGGUCAAUCACAUGAUUUCAUAUACAAGGAUAUUGGGUUAAACAACCGCUUGUAUCAAGGACAGGUACCAGGUGCUAGAAUUAAUCAGCUACCAACAAACUAUUUUGAUGAUGAACUUGGGUCUAUGGUGUCUAACCAAGGUCCUGAGUUUUCCGAACGCCGUCACUUUCAUAAUAGCAAGGACACUCUGUUUAGAGAUCCUAGUGAUAACACUGGAUCUAGAUCUCAGUGGGAAACUGCGGAUCAAAGUAUUCUUCAUAAUGGACCCAAGAAGUCACGCAGAGAUACUUCAUCGGAGUACCAAUUGGAUGAGAUUUUUUCUCUACCAUCACGUGAAGAUCCAAUACAGAAUCAGGCUGACUUUGUUUCUUUGGUCGUAAUUGUACCUCCCGGAGUAAAGCAUUGCUACUUCUAUAAACCAAUCACUAACUUUGAUGUUGAAUAUCAGGUUCUUAAAGGAGGUCAUUUAGAUAUCGGAAUAUUCAUUCGGGAUCCCGAGGGAGAACCAAUCGCUAUCCGACCACCGCUAUCAGACUCUCAAGUUUCAAUAUCUGUUCCGAAAUACUUCCGUCUUAUGCCAUACGCAAUUUGUCUAGACAAUAGAAAAGCUAGUUAUGCGUAUAAAAAUGUCUAUUUCUCUGUAGAUGCUAAUUUAAAUUGGGACAAUCCUAGUGAACUGGAACGACAAGCAAUAGAAAAGUUACGUAAUAAUCCCUUGGUGAAUUCACAAGCUCAAGCGGCAAGUGCUGAACAUGCGGAAAACAUUGAUAAGCUUAUGGCACAACUGGAUAUAUUAUUUGGCCGUUUACGACGCAUCGAGCAUAUGCAACAACGUUCAAGUAAUUUUGACUCUGCAGAUAAAUCAUUGAUGGAGGGGAACUUGGAACGCAUCAUGACCGGUUCAUUGUUUCAAGUUGUUCUUAUGAUUGCUGUAGCAACUGUCCAAGUUGGUCUUAUUCGAUCUUUAUUCGAUCAACGAAGUUAUUUUUACAAAAUUUGGUUUGGAAACAGAUCUCGAAACCUAAAUGCCCGUUGUUAA